AUGUUCGACCACUCCUCAUCUCGCCCUCUCUCUCUAAUGGAGCUCGACACAAAAUUUAGGGAAAAUCUUGCUUCACAACCAAUGCUUUUGUCUGAUAAUUACUUGAAGUCCCAUAUGAAAGAUGAUUUCUCCUUUGAAGCUCCUUCAUCAAAGGGUUUCUUGCAAGAUUUUCACCAUCUUGAUCAGUUUCAAACUAUUGGGUCUUCAUCAAAUCCCAUCUUUAGGGUGCAAACUCAGUGUUAUGAUGAUACAUUGAAUAACAAUUUGGCAUAUGGGUGCACGUCAACUGAUUUUGAUAUUUACGAGUGUAAGCCAUUUAUGGAUAAUGGUGGGCAUGGUCAUGUUAUGGACAAUUUCGAGAGUGGAGGAUACUUGAAUCUCCCUCAGAGAAAUCCCAUUGAUAUUAUGGGAUCAGAUCGGAGUCACGUGGUCUUUACUAGCCAAGACAUAAUAAAACCUCUGAAUUUUGUUGUACCAGAUGAAGUCUCAUGCAUAACAGCGGAAAAUGGAUACUACAAAAAAAUUGGCAUGAACAAGAAUAGAGCAUUGCCAACAACUAAAAAACCACAAAAAGGUCGUAAGAAAUCUAAUGUUGUUAAGGGUCAAUGGACAGUUGAAGAAGACAGGCUUUUGAUUCAACUGGUUAAGCAAUAUGGAGUGAGAAAAUGGUCUUAUAUUGCUCAAAUGUUGCCUGGGAGGAUAGGAAAGCAGUGCCGAGAGAGAUGGCAUAACCAUCUUAGACCAGACAUCAAGAAGGAUACAUGGAGUGAAGAGGAAGAUAAGGUACUAAUUCAGGCCCAUGCAGAGAUUGGAAAUAAAUGGGCAGAGAUUGCAAAGAGGUUGCCUGGGAGAACUGAAAACUCCAUCAAGAACCAUUGGAAUGCAACCAAAAGAAGGCAAUACUCGAAACGAAAAUGUCGUUCAAAGUACCCUAGAGGCUCUCUUCUACAAGAAUACAUCAAGGGCUUGAACUUGGACCCAUCAAACAUGGUACAAAAUAGAAGAAAAACUUCUUCUAGUAAUGCCACAGCCAAUAACACCAUUAAAACACCAACUCAGCUGCCGCAGUCCACUGACCAGUUUUCCCCUAAUGCUCGGUUGGUUCCAAACUAUGAUUUCAAUGAGGUUCCGGAAUUUUGUUUCGACGAAAACAUGUUUCAGGAGAGCUGUAGUAUCGAUUCUCUUCUUGAUGACAUACCUAACAAUGCUCCUAUUAUGGAUGAGAACAAUUUUGAUGAUCAAAUGCCUUGUGGUCCUGUGGUUAAUGAGAAUAUGCUGCAUUGUCCUCCAGUAAUUGUGGAUGAGAAUGACUUUGACAUGGAUAUUCCAGUUGAUAUGACUCCAGUGGUAGAUUGUGAUGUGAAGAAGGAGCUGGAUUUGGUGGAGAUGAUGUCUCAAGUUAAUGAAGCCAAAUGUGUAAGCCCUUAGGAAUUUGGCUUCAGAGUUCCCUUUUUUUCUUAUGCCAUUGGCUGAAAGUUUUUUUCCUUGAAUUACUUUGAGAGGAAGAAUUCAAGAAUGAAUGGAAAAUAGUAGGGUAACACGCAUGCAU